UACAGCGUGUGGUGUCACCGGGCAGUGACAGCACAGCAACUAGGUGACCUGUUUACUGCCUGAAUAUGUGAAUCAGUCUGAAGAUGAAAAUGCACGAAAUGUGAAAUAAUGUUAUUUUCAUUCUAGUUAAGAUUUACUAUAAAACCACUGCGUAUCCUACUUAUGGAAAGGCGUUCCUGUGGCAUUAUCGUACUUAAUCGCUGUGGAAUAUGCAAGCUUUGUUGCUGAGCUAACUAGCUAGCAAAGGCCUGGAUCCAAACCUCGGAAUGGAAGUAGAAAUGCAUGCGGUGUUUCUGUCGCUUUGAAGCGGAAACCCCGGCCGCGCACUAGAUUGUGCCCACUGGAUUCGCUGGUUAGCUGCUAAAUGAUGGGAACGGAUUUGAAUCGGUAAAGGGUAACGUUAAUUUACUUUAAGCAAAUGGUUACUUCUCGCGUGUGACGUUAUAAAGAUUUUUGCGAUUCCUUGCUUAGCUAGAACAACCAGCUAACUAACAUUAGGUUUAUUAUCAUACCUACCGUGGAAAUCUGCCUACACAGUCUGGCUAGCCUACCUGACUGAUUCCGCCGUACAUUAAUAUACAUUGUAGUUAACGUUUGCUGCCAGGCUAGCUCUAUCUUUGACUUCACGGGAAAUAAUCUUCUGCAGUAAUCCACCUACCAAGCAACCACAAAGGUGUGCUACAUUUUGUAAGCUUCAUUGUAAGAGAUCAAUGCGUACAUGCUAGCUAGCAAGCUAGGCAGCUAUUUUAGCAAUUCGCGCAAUGCCCGGAAAACCUUGGUUACUUAAAUCUGAUUUAGCUAGCUAGCUAACGUGGCCGCUUUGUGGCUACUGAAGAUGGCUUUUCCAUUAAAAUGUCAACGGUAGUUUCCUGAGUAGCGUUGGACAUUAAAUAAUAUAAGUAUGAUUUGUUAUUAUUGGUGAUGCGUUUCUUAUGUUACUAUGGGACAUUUUGAACAUUUCGUUUAAAGUAAUUCCUUUUGCUACUUGAUCUUUCUGAUAAGAACAGUAUCUUAGACCUGACCGGAGUUCAUCGUAGCGUAAACAAAUAUGAUUGUCUUCCCAAGCCAAAGCGCAAGAGGCUGGUCCUGGUGAAUUGCGUUUUCCAUUUCGUAACUUACCUAGCUAGGUUUUUGUUCAACAGCAAUUAUGUGUUUUUGGUGGAAAAUACUAGAUGAUUAGUUGGGACCCACGGUACCAUUUUUUCAUUUUGUGAAUCAACUGUCUAGUUUGCUCUCGACUGGAGGUGUCAACAAUCUUUCAGAAGAUAGCCAGGUUGUUAACAAGCGGUAUGCCGGCAGAUAGUUAUACCUAAUACUCGGUCAUCUCACCUUGCGUUUCAUAUGAUCUAGUGAUAUUUUCAUAUUUACUUGUAGUGCAUGAAUUUGGUCAAAAGCUACUAAACUGAAUUUGGUUUGUAUGUCAGAGACAAACAACGACAUACUUUCCGAUUAUUUAUUUUCGAGGGAGUUUCUUGAGAGGACAAUCUUGGCUACUGCCUAACUGUAGAAUACUGACAUUUGAAGCGGAGGUGCAUGCGGUAAAUCUUUGACCUGGAAAGAAACAGAAAGAAGGACUGCUAUCGGGAGAGAAAUUCACGGGGCAUCCAGCUCUGAUCUCAACUUGGUUCAGAUGCGAGGAAAGAUGGGCACCCCGGGCAGCCCUGUCAAGAGUUAUGAUUAUCUUCUCAAGUUCCUGCUUGUCGGAGACAGUGACGUUGGGAAGGGGGAGAUCCUGGACAGUCUGCAGGAUGGAUCAGCUGAGUCCCCAUACGCAUACAGCAGUGGGAUCGACUACAAAACCACCACGAUCCUGCUGGAUGGGAGAAGAGUCAAGCUGGAGCUGUGGGACACCUCAGGGCAGGGCAGAUUCUGCACCAUCUUCAGAUCCUACUCCAGAGGCGCACAGGGAAUCCUGCUGGUCUAUGACAUCACCAACCGCUGGUCCUUUGAUGGAAUUGACCGCUGGAUCCGGGAGAUCGAUGAGCAUGCUCCAGGUGUGCCGCGCAUCCUGGUGGGCAACCGGCUGCACCUGGCGUUCAAGCGGCAGGUGCCCACGGAGCAGGCGCGGGCCUACGCCGAGAAGAACGGCAUGACGUUUUUUGAAGUGAGCCCCCUGUGCAACUUCAACGUGAUCGAGUCGUUCACCGAGCUGUCCCGCAUCGUGCUGAUGAGGCACGGCAUGGAGAAGUUCUGGAGACCCAACAGAGUGUUCAGCCUCCAAGACCUGUGCUGCCGUGCCAUUGUGUCCUGCACCCCAGUCCACUUAAUCGACAAGCUUCCCCUGCCCGUGGCCAUCAAGAGCCACCUCAAGUCCUUCUCCAUGGCGAACGGCAUGAACGCUGUGAUGAUGCAUGGCCGCUCCUACUCGCUAGCCAACCCUGCAGGAGGCAGCAAGGGCAACAGCCUGAAGCGGCCCAAACCCGUCCGGCCUCCCCAGAGCCCCCCUCAGAACUGCGCCAGGAGUAACUGCAAAAUCUCUUAGCGUGGGGUCCAGGGCACUGCGCCCCGCACCCCCUCCAGUUCCUCUCAGGGCUACAGAGUUCGGACUGUGCGCUGGCCCGAGACAAGAGUCCUGCACCUUCCUGCUACAGAGAUUAUGCUCUCCUAGGAGAACUGACAGAGCUCCGCCCACUGAGGUGUUCAUUGGAGCUGACAGGACUGAGAGCAGCCAAUCAGGCCCGAGCCUUGCCUCUUCAGUCACCCACCCACCUCUUCUUCAAGUCUGCUCCUUUGGCAUGCUGGAGUCAUUCAACACUAUAGUCAGGGCUGGGACUAUUUUACUGCAUUGUCUUUUAAUAUAUAUUGCAUAUGUACUUGAUAUUUAACAGGCAAAAUUGCAAAUGAUUUUGUGUCAUUUUGUUUUUGUUUUUUUGGUUUUUUUGCACUGAAGUUCUUCUUGUGCUCUGUCUUGUUUUGAAGAAUCCACAAAAGAGCAACAAGAAGUUUACAUUUUCCCUGCCUACUUCUCAUUCUGCCCACAAAUUUGAUUCUGCACUCUUAACUUUUCAGCAUGUAUUCUUAAACCUCUCAUAACUUCCUAUACGGUUACCCAUCUUUCAUAUGACUGCAUGGUAUUUUUCAGUUUUCCAUGAAUCUUAUGAAAUCCUUCUAUUAAUGCUUCAUUUGAACAACAUGCAUAGUGUGGAAUGUUGGGCUGAGUUGGUGUUGUGGUACUUUGUGUCAAGUGAAAAUCACUUGCAAACAAGGUUUACCAUAAAAUGAAAGGUGUCAGUUCCCUGAAGGGCUUUGUUUGGAGUAUGUGCUUGGCAGUCUGGAGCUCUGCAAUAUUGCUUUAUUUUGUUGCAGAUAAUUUCUCAUUGCUGCUAAGCAACAGGAUCAAACUUACCUAAACUUUUUCUUCUUUUUCAAUUUCAUGUCCAUUAGAACAUGAUUUACAAACAAUCUCCUUUGUCUGUAGGAGCACCUUUUGUUCCUCAUUUUAAACUGCCCUGGAUUUUUGGGGAAGCGUUGCCCUGUGUCCUCUUCCUCUGAUUAGCGAUCCAAACUAUUUUGUUUAUGUUGUGCCACACAGCUCAGCUAGAGGCACUUUUCAAACGUCAAAGGCAGGAGAUGAUGUUUUGGGAGAGAAUCCAGAGCAGGCGUUCAGUGUCUGUACAUUGAUGAUGGCUCUAUCGGAUUUUUCUCUUCACAAUACCUAACAACAUGCCCAGAUGUGCUUUUAUCUGAACAAUGAAUCUGCUUUAGUUACCUACCAGGUUGUUUUUUCUCUAUGGUGACCGCAUAUCUCAAGUCAUUUAGUGAACCCUCCCCCUUCUGAUCCCUUUUCCCGAGCACCCACUUGUGCCAAAACUCUUGGGUUAAAAAACUCACUUGAAGAACAGUGCAAUCCCAAUUUAUCUCCAUCUUCAGUUCUGAUGAGCUUAUGCAGUCAUCUGUUUAACUUCACCUGUCACCUUUUUCUAAUUCUGGCUGGCUGGUUUUUUUCCUGUUUACCGCAUGUAACAGCUUUUUCCCCUGUUAGAAAUCAUUUUGUGCAGAAAUCAGUAUUAUUACAUGUGCUCCAAAAUGAUUUAUUUUUAUUUUUACUUCAAACAUUUUUAAAUACCCAUGGAACAAACUUACGUUUUAAAUGAGGGCAGUAUUUGAAAGUGUUGCCAAAAGUGAGUUGUAGAUAUUGAAGAAUGGCAGUGGAGUUCUGACACUAUAAAGCACAUUAAAUAAGACUAGAUUGACCCAACAUGUUUGCUUUUGCACGCAUCGUAAACGUUGCCAUCGCAAAAUGGUGUUCAGUGUUGUCAGCUCAUGAAUAACCUGAAGCAUUUAUUAUUGUGAUGCACAGCACCUUUUAACCUCAGUUAAACUCAAAACUCUGCUUGUUUUGUGCUCAAUCUGUGUAUCUGUGGGCUUGAUUACAGUUAUUGCAGCACAACCAGGCCUGCUUGCUUUGAUUUUAUUUUCUCCAGCUGGCAAUUAAUCUAUUCAUAAUCAGUGCUUUUGAGAACACCAUUAUAGUUUAUGUAAAAUCUGUAGUUAUUUCUUCCCUCUCCCCCAUUGAACCACAAAUACUCAGGGACCAGUGUAGCUUCCUCUUGCAGAACCAGCCAAUGAAGUCAAGUGACUGAGCGUUGGGUCUGUUUGAAGAGGACGUUUCAUUAUUAUUUUUACAUUUUCACACAAAGGCAUACACGCUACCCCUGCUGUUUUUUAAAAGGUCGAGUGUAGCCAUUACAUUGGGAAUUUGAGAAGUGGCACAGGAAGGAGAGAGUUGCCUGAGUGGAGUCUGCUGCAGUUAAGAGCCUGACAGAAGCUGUAACAUGGUGGCCUUUUGUUCUGUGUCUGACCUCGACAGCACAUCAACUACGACCUUCCGCUGCACCUGUAUUCCAAGGCCUUUGGAGGCCUUAUAUGACUAAUCCAUAUGGACUGGAACCUUGUUCGUUUUUGUCGUUAAGGCUGUUUAACACCCACUCCCCACCACAUAACACGCCCACUGGUAUAGUAAACAAGGAGUCCGAUGAGAAGGGUUGGGUGAACUGUUUUUAUAGUCUUUCCUGGCCUUUUUAAUCACACACAUUGGUCCAUGAGAACAGAUAAAGGUUUUCUGAUAAAUUGUAAUUAUUUGAAAGGGAAUGUUUGGCAGGGUCUGUUUAAUGAAUGCUUAAAACCCAAUUAGAGUAACAUUCCCAGAUAUGUUUGGGUGGGAACCUGCCACUGUUCGCUCAAAACUGCUGUUAAAAUCCGAUUUAUUUUUAUCUCUUCUGUGGGUAGGGUAAAGGGAAAUGUAAUAUUUUGCUUAUUCACCUGUAAACACUAUUUUCUUGUGGUUUAAGCUGCUGGGUAACUUUAAGAAUAUGUAAGUAUUCAAAAAAGAAAAAAAAAACUUGUGUUUUUUAAAUUAUUUUUUUGACUGUACAGUUGCUUGUUGAUGAAAGGCAAGACAUUUCCCAAAAUAAAGUUGUUAACAAUAUGA